AUGGUGCUGCAGGCUAUCCAAUAUGAACCUGCUUCGGCCGAUUCGCCCCCGUCGUUGCACAUUCUCGAUCAGCUAGUCUUACCGCAUCGGACGACCUAUGUCCCGGUCAGAAACUGCGAAGAAGCUCAUGCUGCCAUCAGGCAGAUGAAAGUCCGUGGCGCGCCUGCAAUUGCUAUUGUGGCCUCUCUGGCUCUUGCUGUCGAAGUGGGAGCCCAAAUGAAAACGGGGAAUUUACCAGCAGCGCCUGAGGAUGUGAAGGACAGCAUAAACCAGCGUCUGGACUUUCUGAAGACGAGCAGGCCGACGGCGGUAAACCUGGGGGAUGCAGUGGGCAAGCUCAAGAUUGUGAUCAAGAAGGCGGCACUGCAGCCCGGAGCGUCCGCGGAGUCUGUUGCUCGGGCUUAUAUUGCUGCAGCAGAACGGAUGUUGGUGGAUGAUGUGUCUGACAACAGAGCAAUUGGGGAAUAUGGCGCCCGUUGGAUUGAAGAAAACACCACGGCUGGAAGGAAAAGGAAAGCAGACAGAACUCGGGAGGUUGCAAUUCUGACACAUUGCAAUACUGGUUCUUUGGCAACCGCAGGUUAUGGCACGGCGCUUGGUGUCAUCAGAUCUCUGAGGGCCGCUGACAUGCUUACCCGCGCAUACUGUUCAGAGACUCGGCCGUACAACCAAGGUUCCCGAUUGACAGCUUAUGAACUUGUCCACGACGAGAUCCCGGCCACGCUCAUAACAGAUUCGAUGGCUUGUGCACUCAUGGAAAGAGAAGGAGAUCAUCUGGCUGCCGUCGUCGUCGGAGCCGAUCGAGUCGCGGCAAACGGUGACACGGCCAACAAAAUCGGGACAUACUCUCUUGCUGUACUUGCCCGCCACCACGGGGUGAAAUUCUUGGUUGCUGCCCCUAGGACAACCAUUGAUCGAGACACGGCUUCGGGCAAGGACAUUGUCAUUGAGGAAAGAGCGCCGGAAGAGGUAACAAGGAUCAAAGGCCCCAGAGUCACAGCGGAUGGAAAGCUACUUCUGGACGAAGGUUCAGAGAUGGUGAGCACCGCUGCCGUUGGAAUUGACGUAUGGAAUCCUGCUUUUGAUGUGACCCCAGCAGAGCUCGUCGAUGGGGUCAUCACCGAAGUCGGAGUCGUCGAGAAGGUAGACGGAAAGUUCAACUUCAGUGCCAUUUUUCCUCAGCUCUGA